GCAAGUGGCAACGGAGAAAGAAGAAGAAGAAUGAAAAAGAGAGACACAGACUUGACCGCAUUUCUGUUAUUCCAAGUUCUCGCGCGUAGCGUUCCUUUUUGUUCUAUCGACAAUUCCCCCCCCCCCCCCCCCCCAGAGACUUGACCGCAUUUCUGUUAUUCCAAGUUCUCGUGCGUUGCGUUCCUUUUUGUUCUAUCGACAAUUCCCCCCCCCCCCCCCCCCCCCUUCUCUCUCUCUAGACCAUCUUUCCGCUGCAUUUUCUUCCUCUUCCGGUAGCAUUUACCCUCACAGAUCCGACCUUGGUUUAGAGAUUGAUGUGAUAUUCAUGCCAACUAGACAAUAGCUCAGGCUUGCAUGAAAUUUAAAAUGAUGGAUGAGAUUGAUGAUGAUGAUGCACCUAUAGUUUUUAAGCGAAGUAGCUCAGCAUCAAAGCAAAAUCCACUGACAUCAUCAACGAAGAAGUCAUCAUCUCAAAGGCAUGAUGGACAGUUGGGGAAGCGGAUUGAUGAAGCACCUUCUCCUAACGGUCAGAACUCCGUUUGCCAGAAGGGUAAACUGGUUCCAUCUACCAUGGCAUCAUCGGCUCCCAAUGCACAUCCUGAAGUGUCCAAUUCAUCUGCCAAGGCAUCAGCAGUUAAAUCUCCUUUAGCAAGCCCAAAAACUUCAACUUCAUCUCCCACAGCAUCACAUAUGAGAACAAUGGAAAAUUCAAAAAUGCCAGCUUCAGCACCUGAUCAGUCAAAACAUUCUUCUCAACAGAAUACCGCCUCAGCUAUUAAGGAGGAGUUGCUGUUCAAUACUGGUUUACCUCAUUGUGACUCUGAGGAUUCAGAAGAUAAUAAGCCACUGAGCUCUAAACUCUCUACUGGAUUAUCAAAGGGAAAUUCCAACAAUGCCAACAAGGGACCAAAAAAUUCUAAUCUGGGUUCAUCUUCAAAUCAGAAACCAAGAAUCAAACAUGAGGACUUAGAUGAGGAAAUUCCUUUGUCAUCAAAGUUCCAGUUGAAGUCAAAUGGAGGCCCAGCUAAUAAAAAGUCCUGUGAUUUUGAUGAAAUUAAGCCUGUAGCACUGAAACUUCAACAAAAUGGUUCUCCUGGGAAAGACAACCUACUUAAAAAAUCUUCUACUUUGUUGAAUAAGAGAACAGCAGAUGAAUUCAAAUCUUCAAGUCAGUCCUUGAUUAAAAGGACAAAACUGGUUAAUGGAACCUCACCAAGUGUUAGCAAGCAAGUAUCUAAGAAAGCAGAAUCAGGGGUAGAUGAAGAAGAUGAUGAUCAUGUUCCUAUCUCCCAAAGAAUGAAGAAGUCACCUACAUUGGGGAAUAAAUUGUCUUCCGGAAAACAAAAAGUAGCAAAAGUUGUUUCAUCUUCUUUCAAAAAGACAAGUAAGAAGUCCACAAAAGUAGUGAAGAAUUCAAAGUACUCCAAGUCGUCAAAGGUGCCCCCUAGCUCUGGUGAAGGACAAAAAUGGACUACCUUGGUCCACAAUGGUGUCAUUUUCCCUCCUGCAUACAAGCCUCAUGGGGUCAAGAUGCUCUAUAAGGGGAAGCCAGUUGAUUUGACUCCUGAACAAGAGGAGGUUGGAACAAUGUUUGCAGUGAUGUUAGAUACUGAUUAUAUGAACAAACCAAAAUUCAAAGAGAACUUCAUGAAUGACUGGAGAAAAAUACUCGGGAAAAACCAUGCAAUUCAGAGGUUGGAAGGUUGUGAUUUUACCCCAAUAUAUGAAUGGCAUCAGAAGGAGAAGGAGAAGAAGAAGCAAAUGAGCUCAGAAGAGAAGAAGGCCUUGAAAGAAGAGAAACUGAAGCAGGAGGAGAAGUACAUGUGGGCUAUCGUUGAUGGUGUCAAGGAGAAGGUUGGAAACUUUAGAGUUGAACCACCUGGUUUGUUUCGAGGCCGUGGAGAGCACCCAAAGAUGGGAAAGUUGAAAAAACGUAUUCAGGCGGGUGAUAUUACCAUAAAUAUUGGAAAGGAUGCUCCAGUUCCAGAAUGCCCUAUUCCUGGUGAAAGUUGGAAAGAAAUCAGGCAUGAUAAUACAGUUACAUGGCUAGCUUUUUGGAAUGAUCCAAUCAAUCCAAAGGAAUUCAAAUACGUGUUUUUGGCAGCUAGCAGUUCCUUGAAAGGGCAAAGUGACAAGGAGAAAUAUGAGAAAUCAAGGCUGUUAAAGGACUAUAUACAAGGCAUUAGAGUAACCUAUACGAAAAAUUUUGCAAGUAAGGAUAUCACAAAGCAGCAAGUAGCAGUUGCUACUUACCUUAUUGAUAAACUAGCUCUCAGGGCAGGCAAUGAGAAGGAUGAUGAUGAAGCUGAUACUGUUGGUUGCUGCACAUUGAAAGUAGAAAAUGUAGAGCCAAUACCUCCAAACUUUCUGAAGUUUGACUUCCUUGGUAAAGAUUCAAUUAGAUACCUAAAUCAGGUUGAAGUUGAACUUCCCGUGUUCAAGGCAAUUCAGCAGUUCAGAACUGGAAAAAGUGGUGGUGAUGAUCUCUUUGAUAAACUGGAUACCAGUAAACUCAAUGCUCAUUUGAAGGAACUUAUGCCCGGUCUUACAGCAAAAGUCUUCCGUACGUACAAUGCAUCUAUCACCUUGGAUGAGAUGUUGAAUAGGGAAACUAGGGGUGGAGAUUUUGCUGAGAAAGUAGUUGUUUAUCAGCAUGCCAAUAAGGAGGUUGCUAUCAUCUGUAACCAUCAACGCACCGUCUCAAAAUCUCAUUCUGCACAAAUGUUGAAGUUGAACGAAAAGAUUGAAGAGUUAAAGGGCAUUUUGGAUGGGUUAAAAAAAGAUUUGGCUCGUGUGAAGAAAGGGAAGCCCCCACUGAAGAGUGCUGAUGGAAAGACAAAGAAGAACAUGAACCCUGAAGCGUUGGAGAGGAAGAUUGCUCAGACCACUACAAAGAUUGAGAAGAUGGAGCGUGACAAGGAAACAAAAGAAGAUUUGAAAACGGUGGCAUUGGGUACGUCAAAGAUCAACUACCUUGAUCCUAGGAUCACAGUUGCUUGGUGCAAGCGACAAGAAGUUCCUAUCGAGAAGAUUUUCAACAAGUCCCUACUAGCAAAGUUUGCUUGGGCAAUGGACGUCGAUCCCAGCUUCAGAUUCUGAGGUCUUACCAGCCAGCCAUGUUCAUCACUUCCCUCUCCACUUCAGCCCCUGGAGGUUCAUGUUUUUGUUGAGCAUCUUCAUCAAAUUAUAAGAUGAGCUGUUUCUGGCGCCCCAAUUUUCUUUUGUGCCAGUCUCUGCUGAGGCCUCUUAAGCUGUUCAAACAUAUAUGUGCUAGAGCAAUUUUCUUUUUUUCCUUUUUCAACAAAAGUAUACAUAUUUUCAAUGUAAGUGAAACAGUAACUGUUUAGGAACUUUGGCCUGGCCUUUCCGGCCAAUGGCUUAAGUGGAUGUUGAGGGCUUUGUGCGUUAGCUUGUAGCUAGCUUUUCCUUUUUUCUCCUUGCUUCUGUAGUCUGAGAUGGUACAUAGCUAGAAAGCUGAGAAUAGACACCAGAAAUUAAGCCAAGCCUUUUCACUGCUUGACCAUUGUUCUUUGCUUAUUAUUAGCAGCUAUCAUUCUUGUUA